AUGUCUGUUCUCUCAUUUUCGUCGUUUGGUGACCCAGAUUUUCAAAGGAAAGGUCGAAAGAUGAUGUUUUUCCAGACUGCUGCUCUUGUGCUGUUAUUAUUAGCGCUCGGACACGUGGAGACGUCAGGUGACGUUAUUGCAUUUAAUACAUACAUAACAAAAACCCUGCAUUUACAAGAGGGGACCCUCGCUGACGUUGUUUACGAUGGUUUGUAUUACAACCAUGGAAACGCGUACAAUCAGCAGACGGGUGUCUUCACAGCGCCAUCUAACGGGCUUUACGUGUUUACAUGGUCAAGUUGUGUAGCAGCGGGAAAGAUUUUUGACGUGGAACUCCUUCUCAAUGGCAAAAGAACAGGACUUGGAAACUGCAAUAAUGUUGGUGGUAAGGGAUAUGCAAACUGUUCAAAUACAUUUCCACUGGUUUUGAAAGCUGGGGAUAAGGUGAACAUCCGUACUACAAAACAUGCAGAUUAUCUGCACCAAGAUUUUUCCAGUUUUUCCGGAUGGAAAGUAUAAAGACAAUUAAAUACAAUUGUAUACUACACGUAUCAACGUAAUAAAGCAAAUUUAAAAAGCUA